CUCUUUUUCAUCGGCGUUUAAAAUUAACGCCGAAGUGGGAACUUGGACUGGAGUAUAUCGUCCCUCCAUCCCUCCAUCUCGGUCAUUUUGGCAACUAUUCUGAACGCACCUUGGCCUUUAUUCUUUUGUUCCUUCCUUGCUCAAUUCUCUAGGGUCUACCAAGAUCACAAAAGCCGAGAAAAACUGUUUUCACUAGAUCUCACCACCAAGUAACCUCGCAACCAUGUCCGCCAUCUUCAAAGCAGGAAACACGGCAGUCAUCACGGGCGGCGCAUCCGGCAUAGGCCUAGCCCUGGCCAAGAAAUGCGCCGGUUACGGCAUGAAGGUGAUUGUCGCCGACUUGGACCCCAAGACGCUUGCCGCCGUACCUGGCAGUGUGGCCUCUACGAUCGAGAUGGAUGUCGGAAAGGCCGAGGACUGGGUUGGUCUCAAGAGUCGGGUUGAGAAGGAUUUUGGAGGAAAACUCUCCCUCCUCUCCCUCAACGCAGGCAUCUCCCGCCCCACCUCCCUCCUAGACCCAUCCACGCUCCCCUCCUUCCAUAGCAUCCUAACCACAAACCUUUUUGGGAUCAUCAAUGGUCUCUCCUCGCUCCUGCCUUUAAUACAAUCCACCGCUUCCGCUUCCCAGCCCUCCAGCAUCAUAAUCACCGGCUCCAAACAAGGCAUCACCAACCCGCCCGGGAACCCCGCCUACAACGCCUCCAAAGCGGCCGUCAAGAGCAUCGCCGAGCACCUGAGCUUCGACUUGAGGGAGAAGCCCGAAAUAGGCGUACACUUCCUUGUUCCGGGGUGGACAUGGACGGGACUGGCAGGGGGUGUGGCUGGUGCUGGAAAGGAUACAGUUGGAGGAACAAAGAAGCCCGAUGCGGCGUGGUGGCCUGAGGAGGUGGUAGAUUACCUGGAGAAGAAGAUGGAGGAGGGGAAGUUUUAUGUCUUGUGUCCGGAUAAUGAGGUCACUGAGGAGAUGGAUAAGAAGCGGAUGUUGUGGAAUGCGGGCGAUGCGGUGGAGGGGCGAAAGCCGUUGAGUCGGUGGAGAGAUGAGUAUAAGGGCGAGGUUGCCGAAUGGAUGGCCACGGAGCUAUGAUGGAAUGAGAGGACAGUGACUAGAUAUAGGGACAACUGAAAAAAAACGAGAAUGACAAGCUUCCAUGAUGCA